AUGAUGGCGGAGCCGCGCCGGGUGCCGUUCAUUAGUCUGUCACCCGUGAGGCGACGAGAAGGUGAGUCUCCGGUGCUAGAGCGAGAGACUGGAGGGGGCCGCGAGGCAGAGCAGCCAUUAGCGCGUGAGGGCCUGAAACUGCCAGAUCAGCAGGAGCACCAUCACCACUAUGAUAACAGUCAGGCAGAACCGCCACCGCAACCUUUCGAAUCUUGUCCUCGGCCAGAGUCUCAUCCUGUGUCAUUACCGCGGGAGAUCUGCCGGCCUGAGCCGACACCAAAGCCACAGCAGCUGCCACCCCACCGAGAGUCCCCAAGGCCAGAAGCACCGCCGCUGUCGUCUCACCAGCAGCUAAAUCGCGAGAACAACCGGCAGGAAUCGCCGCCACCACUGGAUCAGACGAUUCGCUUGGAGUUGAUCUUGAAAGAUCCCACGGAAGAGAGCUGCGUGGAGUUCAGCUAUCCCGAGUUGCUAUGGAGUGGCAAGGCCCGGAAAAAAUCUCUCAUUGAAGACCCAUUUGAUAAUGAAGAACAUGAGAGACAUGAAGUAGAAAUGCUGGCUAAGAAAUUUGAAACAAAAUAUGGUGGAAAGAUCCACAAACACCGGAAGGACCGAGCCCAAGAUCUGAUAGAUAUGGGCUCUGGUUAUGAUGUAAAUGAUCCUUUCAUUGAUAAUUCAGAAGCUUAUGAUGAAUUAGUUCCUGCAUCCUUGACUACUAUAUAUGGAGGCUUCUACAUUAAUACUGGAAUUUUGCAGUUCCGCCAAGCCUCUGAUUCUGAAGAGGAGGAUUUUACAGGAAGCAAAAAGCAUAAACCAUCUAAAUUAGGUAAACUAAAAGAUGGUGACGACCGUAGCAUGAAGAAACGAAAGCGAAAAGAGGAAGAGGCAGAGAAGGAGAAAAAGCCUCGGAAAAUUAAAGUUACUAAGCAGUUGGGGGUAAUGGCGUUAAAUUCACACAAAUCUGAAAAGAAGAAGAAAAAGCUAUACAAGGACUCUUUUUCAUUGGCUGCUAUGAUCCGGAAAUUUCAGAAAGAGAAAGAAGCCUUUAAAAAAAAAGAGGUUAACCUGAAUCCCACAAUAGCAGCUACCUGUUCUACACCCAAUAAACUUCCUAUUGCCCCUGCCAUUGGUGGUAAUGAUGUGUCUGACUUGAAUCUCAGCAUUACAGAUCCAGUCCUUUCUAUUUUUGGCAGCACUAAUGAACGUGAGCUCCUGCAGGAAGCUGAAAGUGCCCUGGAGAUGCUGGGAGACAUUGAUUUUGAUAGGUUGCUUGAUGGUACCUCUAAUGGCAGCCCAGUAUCUGAGCCUAUAGGGGAAAAUGGAAGUGUCACCCAGCCCCCACAUACUGCUGAGGUCCUGACACUGAAACAAGUGCCUGCCCUCCCAGAAGGUCUGCCAGGACAUCUAGAAAAGCGUAUUGAAGACCUUAGAGUUGCUGCCAAGCUCUUUGAUGAAGAAGGCAGAAAGAAAUUCUUUACACAGGACAUGAAUAAUAUCUUGCUUGAUAUUGAGAUGCAGCUACAGGAAUUGAAUCCUACUGUCCGCAGUGGAGUGUAUUCUCAUCUUGAAGCUUUUGUGCCAUGCAAUAAGGACACAUUGAUAAAACGUUUGAAGAAAUUGCACCUCAAUGUCCAGGAUGAUCGCUUGAAGGAACCAUUGCAAAAAUUGAAGUUGGCUGUCAGCUGUGUCAUGCCUGAACAACUAUUCAAAUACCAGGAAGAUUGCCAGGCACAUAGUCAAGCCAAGAAUGCCAAAAUGCAGGCAGAAGAUGAGAGAGACAAGAAUGGUUCAGAGGAGGAGGAUGAUGAGAAACCAGGAAAGAGGAUUGCAGGUCCAAGAAAAAAAUUCCACUGGGAUGAGACAGUGAGGACUUUGCUGUGUAAUCUUGUCAAGAUAAAGCUGGACUGUUAUGAGCUAGAGCCAAAUAAAAGUCAAUCUGCAGAAGAUUACCUCAAGACAUUUAUGGAGACAGAGGUGAAGCCUCUUUGGCCAAAAGGUUGGAUGCAAGCUAGGAUGCUCUUUAAAGAAAGCCGAAGUGUUCAUAAUCAUCUCACAUCUGCUCCGGCAAAGAAGAAGGUGAUUCUGGCACCUAAACCCAAAGGAAAGGACUCUAGUCCAAAGAAGGAGCAGAGAGCCUGUCCCCCUUUUGCUUCAGCUUGUGUUCCUGCUUCAAGUACUAGUACACCUAUCAAUGCUGUAGCCAGUUGUAUUCCAGCUCCAGAGACAAUCUGCCUAGAUGACUCAUUGGAUGAAGAUCUGUCAUUCAACCCGCCUUCAUUAGAUUCUGUUUCUGAUGCUCUGGCUGCUAUUAAUAAUGGGAUCAAGAGUUCUUCUAUUGUGUCCCCUGUAGACACAUCUGCUUCAAGACCUCGGGCAGGGCUAAGAGAAGAGAAGCUAGCAAGCAUAAUGAGCAAAUUACCUCUGUCAUCCUCAAAAAAGAUAGAAGCUGUUCAAACACAACAUUCAUCAAGUCUUAUAGCUGGGCACACAGGACCAGUACCAAAGAAAUCCCAGGAUUUGCUUCAGACUGGUAUCUCUUCAGGCCUUAUUGCUGGAUCCUCAAUUCAAAAUCCCAAGGUUUCCUUGGAACCGUUGCCAGCCAAGCUUCUGCAGCAAGGGUUACAGAGGUCAAGUCAAAUACAAGCUGCUUCCUCUUCCCAGACCCAUAUUUCUUCCUCCUGUAAAGGGCAAGCUACAGCUUCUCCUGCUUCACAAAGGCCAAAGGAUACAGUUGUGCUUGUAACCUCCUCAGAAGUCCAAAGCUGUGGCUCCUCAACAGUACAAGUGGCAAAAAUUCACCAGCAGUCCACUGCCCAACAAAAAUAUGUGUCUCCUCUACAAGUAACUAUUAGUAAAUCUCAAACCAAUCCUGUGGUAAAAUUAAGUAGCAAUCCCAAACUUUCCUGUUCUUCCCCAGUAACCAAGACUUCAGAUAAACCAGUAGUAUACCGCCUUCCUUUGUCUAAUGCCACCUCUGGGAGUUCCCAAAUGGUUCACCCACUUGUGUCUCGGACAACAUCCAGCACCUCUACCUCUAGUAAUUAUUUGGCCAAGGCCAUGGUAUCACAAGUUUCUGCCCAGGGUUUCAAGCCUCCUUUCUCCAUGGUUCCCUCUCCUAAACCUGCUGCCUCUCCCAAACCCUCAGCACCUAAGCCUUUAACUUCCAAACCUACUGCAUCUCUUAAACUGCCCUCAUCUAAGUCCACGUCUACAACCAAGCCCAUAUCAUCUCCCAGUUCUUCCAGUCCAAGUACACUAGUAUCCCAGAACAGUCACUCCAACAACAGCAAUUCCCUUCAUAAACAGUCCAGUGGAGUAAGUGUCAGCAGACAAUCCCCCACAAUUAAUUUACUUUCCUCUAACCGAACCUCAGGCCUUCAACCAGCAAAGAAUCCUCAGACCCCUUCUAAAUUAACCAAUUCCUCUGCCUCUGGAACUGCUGGCAAAAAUAACUUGAGUGGAGUUGGAUUGAAUGUACCUAUCAAUAGGGGCAGCAGCUUAAAUUCAAGUGGGGCUAGUAGGACUAAUCUCUCUGGAGCAGCAGGAAGUGGAGCACAGGGUGCUACUAAACAGUUAUCAACUCCACAUAGACCAUCUUCUGCCUCAGGGUCUACAGUUAUACCAGCCAGUGUACAGUCAACAACAGGUGCAUCAUUGCUGGCAAAUGCUUCACCUUUGACUCUCAUGGCAUCACCAUUGUCUGUAACCAGUCAGAAUGUGACAUCUGCUCCAUUGACUCCUUUUGGGAUGCUGGGGAGCCUUGUUCCGGUGACUAUGCCCUUUCAGUUUCCAUUGGAGCUUCUUAGCUUUGGAACAGACACGGCUGGAGUGACAACCACCUCGGGAUCUACCUCAGCAGCUUUCCACCAUAGUCUAACUCAAAAUUUAUUGAAGGGUUUACAACCAGGAGCUCAGCAUUCAGCAGCACUGUCUCAUACACCUCUGCCUGCUCAUUUGCAGCAAGCUUAUCCAG